AUGGAAUCUGCGUCUAGUGUGAGUUUGCUUCAUGGUGGUGAUGCUGCGAGUUACUACUGCUUGCCAAAUCGGUUGAUAAAUGCGAAACAAGUUCGAGUCAGCACUAGAUUCUGGGAUCACACGAGAGUGCUGCACUUGGGCUCUAGAUUAAGGAAGAAUGUUGCACAGAGCGCUACUCCGCCUUUGAAUGCCGGUUUCACUGGAAGCUUUUACUGCCAUUCGCACCCAAUCGUUGGCUAUGGCCGCCGAUUUAAACCUAUCCCCUUCGGGUUUAGGUCACAUUGUCAUGGUAAUGAUUCUCUUGCUGGCGUUGAUCCAAACCCUGGGUUUUCAGAAAGCAAUGACGAAAGUGAAGCUGCUACUUCGAGAGAAGAAAAAGAUGAAGCUGCUAGUUUGGAGGAACUCAGGGUUUUACUACACAAGGCAACCAGAGAAUUGGAAGUUGCUAGGCUCAACAGUACCAUGUUCGAGGAAAAGGCUCAGAGGAUCUCAGAAACUGCGAUUGCUCUCAAGGAUCAAGCGGCUAGUGUUUGGGAUGAGGUCAACAAAACCCUCGAUGUGAUGCGAGAUACGGUUGAUGAAGAAUCUGUGGCCAAAGAAGCUGUUCAGAAGGCUACUAUGGCGUUAUCUCUGGCUGAAGCAAGGCUUCAGGUUGUAGUGGAAUCACUUGAUGUAGGUGGAGGUAACGGUAUUUCAGAAGCGUCUGAGAAAAUAGAUGAUGUUGACGAUAAAGAGGAAGCCAUUUUAGCUGCCAAGGAUGACAUUAAAGAAUGCCAAGUGAAUUUAGCUAAUUGUGAGGCCCAACUGAGUGGUUUGCUGAGCAAAAAAGACGAGCUGCAGAAGGAAGUCGACAAGUUGAAUGAAUUGGCUGAGACAAUACAGAUCAGUGCCUUGAAAGCCGAGGAGGAUGUCGCAAAUAUCAUGAAAUUGGCUGAACAAGCUGUAGCAUUUGAGCUUGAGGCUACUCAACGCGUUAACGAUGCAGAGAUUGCAUUGCAGAAAGCAGAGAAGUCUCUAUUCAUCUCCCAGGCCCCAGAAGAAACUCCCCUCCAGGACGAGGUGGUACUCUCAAGUAAUAUUGAAGAUGUUAGCCACCAGGUUGAAAGAGAAUCACCAGUAGAUGAAGAUCUAUCAGCGGUGCAGAACAUAGCUGAUCUUGUGCCUGAUAAAGUUGGUCACACGGCUCAUAAAUUAGCUCAGCCUCAUGAUUCAAGUGAUCAUGAGAAUGGAAAGCCAAGUGUCGAGCCUUCUAAAGUGGUCGAAGCAGAUUCUGAAAAGCCAAAGAUUGUUGUUCCGACGAAAAAACAGGAAACACAGAAAGAUCUCCCAAAAGAGGGUUCUUCUCCUAAUACUCCCAAGGCAUCGUUUAAUAAAUCCUCCCGUUUCUUUUCUGCAUCUUUCUUCUCUUCCAAUCCAGAUGGGAACACGACAGUGUUUGCGAGUCUGGUUGCUUCUGUCAAACAGCAAUGGCCCAAGCUAGUUCUUGGGGUUGCCCUUCUUGGAGCAGGGUCAGUUUCAAAAUCUACUCUUCGUUUCAUCAUUAUUUGA